UUUCAUCAUCUUCCGUUUCUUGAUAACGGUACAUAUUUUUUUUGAUCCAUUUCUGCUACCAUUAACUUGAUAUAAUGCAAUUAACUCGUUUUCUUUUUUACAUUAAGAUGCCUAAGAUUAUUCAUUUUUUCCCUUUUGUUUUAAAUUUACUCGUUUAAACGUGGCAUUAUUUUAUUCUUAUUAGAUAUAUUUUGUUUAAGCUGUUAAUUAGACAUUUUCUAAAUUAUACAUAUUUGUCUAGCAUCCAUGGCUUCACGGACUGCCCUUGUGGUCUUCUUAGUGUGGUGUUUAUUUUUGAGAGAUAAUGGAGCUGAGGGCAGAAGAUUGUCAGGAGAAGAAGAUUUGGAACCGGAGAAGCAAUUUAGAGUUCUAAACAAGUCACCAGUCAAAACUAUUCGGAACACAAUGGCAAUUUUGUUAUAUAUCAGACGAAGUAAUGGAGAUACAGAUAAUUGUGUGGAUUUCUACAAGCAACCUGCUUUUGAUCAUCCUUCCCUGAAGAACCAUACUUUCGAUUUUCAGGGGAAGAAGAAGAUUGAAGAGGCAAUGAAAGCAAGUAAUAUCUGGCUAAAUGGUAAAGGAUGCCCUGAUGGCAUAGUUCCAAUAAGAAAAUUCACCAAAGACGAAUUUAAAAGAACCAAAUUAGCCACAGAAGUUUAUGCUUCAAAAUUUGGUCUCCUAACAGCUCAGGAUCCUGGUGUCCACAGAAGCAGAAGGAGAAGUAGAUGCCCACCAGCUCUUACAAGUAAUGUUACCAAUAUUGAUGUACCAAAUCAGACUACAGUUGAAAAUGUAGAAGCUGCAGCAAGGCAAUCCAGAAAGAGGUCUGACACCCAAAGAUCAACUACAACUACAAAGGAACAAAGAUCAACUACAGCUACUCAUGUACAAAGUGUGAAAGUUUGUAGCCAAACUUCAACAGCUACAAAGGCAAAAGAGAAGGUGGUAGCUAGUUCCAAAGACAAAGAGAAGGUGGUAGCUAGUUCGAAAGGCAAACAGAAGUUGGUACCUAUAAAGACAAAGACUAGUAACAAUGUAGAAUUGGUGAUUCAAGAAGGGCAACAUGUUUUGCCAAAGCCAAUGCAGAAACAAAAUAUGGAGAUGCAUAUAAGUGCCGUACAUUUCCACGAGCAACCUGCCUUUCAUCAUCCUUCACUUAACAACCCCACUUUCCAUUUUCAGAUGAAGCCCUUGUCCUAUCCCAAGGACAAGAAAAAGAAAGAGACAAGGACGUUAAUUAAAUUAGCAAAGAGUACGUGGGUAAAUGGUAAAGGAUGCCCACGUGGUACAGUUCCAAUCAGGAAAUUAACCAAAGAGGAAUUUAUAGAAACCAAAUUGGCCACGGAAACUCAUGCUUCCAAAUCAGGUUUCCUAACCGCUCAGGAUCUUGGUGCUUCCAGAUUAGAUCUCCUGUCUGCUCAGGACCCUGGCGUCCAUUAUGCAGUAGUUCAUACAAAAGCUGACGGACCAUAUAAUGGAGGUGGAAUGGUUUCAAGCGUAUAUAACCCUCAAGUCGUAGGUUCUCAAUAUAGCUCUGCUCGCUUAAAAAUUCAAAAUGGACCAGAGAGUAUCGAAGUUGGAUGGAUGGUGAAUCCAAGUCUCAACAAAGAUAAUCGGACUCGACUCUAUGUAUAUACAAAUGCAGGAGAAUCGCAUUGUUUCAAUGCACAUUGCCCUGGAAUCAUCACUGUUCGGCCGGACAUACCUCUUGACUUUAUUCUUGAACCAACUUCUACUCGUGGAAGUUCCGGUAAAAGAUACGUAGAGCAAUUCUUCAUUUACAAAGAUGCAGCUAACGGGAAUUGGUUUCUUGAAAUCGGAAAUGGCUUUGUUAUUGGGUUCUGGCCACAGACAAGAUUCACAACGCUAGCAAACUCAGCUAAUUACGUAGAGUGGGGAGGAGUAGUAUCCAGUCCUCCUGAUGUGCCUAGUCCACCAAUGGGUUCCGGUAACAGUAGACUUUUUGCCGAUACUGCACAAGAUGCAUUCUGCAGUGCGAUCACAGUUGUAAAUGAAGAUCACCAAAUUGUGGAUGCAUCAGACACUCAAAAAUUUACAGAUAUCGGCGAUGUAUAUCAUGUGAAGGACAUAGGUUUUUAUAAUAAUCACUUUAGACAUAUAUUCUUUUUUGGUGGAUUGGGCGGGUACACAGGGAAUUAAAGCAUGCAUGUAAUUACAUGACAGUGGGGAUAUCAAUUUGUAUGAAAGCCAGUGGCUAUAAAUUGAUCAUACUUAUAAUUUACUAG